GGUAGAAAUUCGUAGUGUGCGCUACUUUAUGAAUGCAAGUUUGGUACUAACAGCUAUAUCAAUGUAAAAGUAUACGAAUAAGGUUAGCUAUAGUGAGAAAUUAGACAUCAGUAGGUUCAUUUACAUCAGAAAAAAUGAAAAAUGGUGGCGGACUCAGCCAGUAUUUUGUUUCUUUUUACCUUCGUGUUUUCAAGAUUUUACAGCAUUGAAAUAUAUAUCCUGUUAUAAGAAACUAAUUCUAGACAGAGUAAUAUUCCAAAGUGUGGCUUUCUAAAAGCUGGAAUAGCGAAUUUUAGUGAAGAGUUAUAACUUCGAGCGCAAUCCCGUUGUUAAUACGUUAACAACUUUUGACUAAUUCGGGGAACAGUUUGGGUUCUUUAGGGGACAUGUUGCUGAUCUUUAAAGGGGCGCUAAGGCUUUUUGAUAGUGUUUUACCCGAAAAUUUUGGAGUGCACCUUGAGGCAAUUGUGAUUUGGGAGUGAAGAUAUUAGAAUAGAUUGGAGUACGAGUUUGCCCUGUUAAUUUUCCUAUGAAGUCAAUAAGAUCCACUCAAAGUCAUAAAUGUCUUCAAAACCAUCUCAUUUUUGGGGAGUGUUGAAGAAUAUUAGAAUCUGUAGCAUCCAAUCUAUGUAUCGUGAGGAGAUUUUCCAGAAUUGCAUCAGUUAGUUAUCAUUUUCAUUAGUAUCUGCAUGUUCCCUCAUAACAUCCUUUUAUCCUGUUUGCUAUCGUGGUCUUUUCCAAAAUUGUGCAUGUUUCCUCAAUAUAUCACUAGUCUGCGCCUGCAGCUGUUGUAUAUAAAUGCGACUAAUUUCACUCUAUAUUCACAAGUAUGCACAUUCUGACCAGAGUAACGCGUAGCCCAUCAUUAUCUAUGUAUACUUGUCACCUUAGGUUGGUCAGUUGCAACUUACUGGCCAAACUAGAAAUAUAGAAUGUCACCUUCCUUUAGCAACUGUGAGAUCAUUUUGAACACACCAACAAGAAAACAGUUUUCUUUCGAACUUUUAAUACGUAAAUGAAAUGAAGUAACAGUAAAUGUUGACUUUUAGACAAUGUUCAGGAAUUUAUCUUGUUUUUCGACUGCUUGGAGUAAAAGUAUAUACAAUAAAAAUGUCCACCAAUUUAACUCUAUAGGGGGGUCAUAUGUCUUUAAAUGAUCCUUAACAAGUUCUAUACAUAAGUACACUCAGCACUCACAAAGGAUUGUUUAUAAGUCUUUCACUAAAAAUAUAGCGAUAUAUUUGAUAUUUGCAUCACUAUGAAAGUGCAUAUCUGUACAUAUACGCAUACAUGUACAUAUCCGUGCGUCCAGGGAUAUCAUGUAUAAUAUGAAAAGUCAUAUAAAGACGCUUCUUUCUAAAAUAAAAUAAAAUUACAACAAAGUUAAUCAUUUACUGAAAAAAAUGAUGUUGAAGAAUGUAAAAUGUAGUGUAAAUUGACGUUCUAUAGCGAUAAUUAGUCAGGGUAUGGUGAAAAGGGAAUGAAUCAACUGAGCAAUUAUUGCUUGACUAAACAUAAUAUUAUUCACCGGAAAAUUAUGACCAGUGUAAUAGGAUUGUGUACUAAGCUUCAGUGUAGGUAAAUGGUAGUUAAUAUAGAUAAAUGAACUUAGAUUUCUAAUGAUUUUUCCAACUCUUCAUACUAGCGUUUACUUAGGUCGUGUCAAUUUCCUUGAGUAGUCAUAUUCACUUCACCUUCUGUUUAGUUUUCUGUUUUUGAUGUAAUGAUAGGGUGAUUUAAUUAUCGACAAUGAAAUGCCAACCCCUAAAUCCUGUAAACUUUAUCUAAUAUUCCUGUGAAACGUAUGUUUAAAAAAUCCUGACUUAGUACUCAUUCCCAGCAGAGUGUACUGGGACAGAAUCUCCGGUUUUGAGAAGUCUCUGAGCACAUUCCAAACGGAUCUCUGGAUCAUCCAUUAGCUUAAGGGUCAUUGUAGUCAUGUGUAAGGAAAAAUCUUGCACCGUCCGAACUUAUUUACUUCUCCCUUACAUUCCUAGUGGAACAUAAGGCUUCAAUAGCACGUCUCCAUUCCACUCUCUUCUCUGCAAUCUUUCGAACCUGACGCCACGACUGCCCACAGGCUCUCGUUUCUUCUUCACGCGAUCUCCUCCAUGUCACCCUCGCCUUCAACGCCCAACUCGUCGUUUUCUCUUCGGAUUCCAUUCGAGUGCUUGGUGCGUGAUAUCCCCGAAUGGUCUUCUCAGUGCAUGUCCAAUUCAUCUCCAUUUCCUUCCGGAUAUUUGUUGAGCAAUAGGUUGUUGGUUGGUUCGUUGCCAACUAGAGUUCCUUGUUACUUAUUCUUAUUAUUCUGGCCAUCUGAUCUCCAGUAUGGAGCGAGCGUAGGCGACAGCUGUUGACAAAUGUCUGUAGUUUGUUGGAAAUGUUUUUCGUGAUACGCCGAGUUUCCGAACCAUACAAAAGCACUGACUUGGCUGGAUUGGUGUUGAAAAUCCGGAUAUCGUUCACUCUUUAUUCUGAGUGCAGUAGAUCUCCACACUGAUUAUUUCAGAUUAAUAAACGCCUGUCUUUCCUAUCCUGGUUUUGACAUCCUCGUCUGUGCCAUCUGUAGUUGAGACGAUGCUACCUAGAUAGGUGAAAGAGACUACUUCCUUUAGGUUUCUUCCGUUGAUGGUGAUUGGAGCUAAUUGUUGUUGUUGUUGGUUGGGUAUCUUCAUCACCUCUGUCUUCUCUACGUUCACUCGAAGUCCCGUUUUCGCUGCCCUACCUUAUCUGUCAACUUGUUGGAUUGUGCCUGUAAAUCUCCGAGUUUGUGCGACAAGACAUUAGACAUAAAUCACCAUCGGCGAAAUCCAAAUCUUUUAGGGUCUUCUCAUCGGUCCAGCGUAUGCCCUUCUUCACGCUCCUCACAGUUUCUUGCAUGAUCCAGUUCAGUUCAGUUGACCACAAUCAGAAAGAUCAUGAGUGAUAGUAGGCAGGCUUGUCUUACUCCUGUCUUCACUUCAAAAGCAUCACUGAGCUUCCAUUGUGAAUUACUUGGCGUGUAGCAUAUUCAUAUAGCUGUUGAAUGAGGCUGGUAAAGGUUUGUGGUAUUCCGUAGUGUUGAAGCAACUACCAAAUUACUUCUCGGUCAACGCUGCCAAAGGCCUUUUCAAAGUCAAUGAAGCUGAGGUAGAGAGUUGACUGCCAUUCUAUACUCCGUUCUAUGAUGAUGCGUAGCGUAGCCUUGCAAUUUGGUCCGCACAUGAUUUGUUCUUCCUGAAGCCAGCCUGUUCCGGUCGUAGUUUUGAAUCCAGCGCCUCCUUCAGUCUCUCCAGGAUGAUGCGGGAAAAUAUUUUGCUUGGUGUAGACAGCAGCAUGAUUCCGCGCCAGUUCUUGAAAAGACUUAGGUCUCCCUUCUUUGGGAGUUUCACAUAGUACCCCUUCUUCCAAUCAGUCGUUAGGUACCUUUCCUUCCUUCCUUCCAAACCUUCUGCAGUAGUGGUUUGAUCAUGUCCGCUGUUGUGUCCGCAUCUGUUCUCAGUGCUUCUUGUGGAAUUCCAUCUGGUUUUGCUGCUUUACCGAAUUUCAGCAGUUUUAUGGCAUUAAGGACUUUGCUUUUGUCGGAGGGCUUAUGUUUAUUGGUAGUUAUGUGGCUGCUGGUGUUAUUUGUGGAUGAGUUGGUGGUUGUGGUGGUGGUUGAUUCAAGAAGUUUUUGAAGUGAUCAGCCCAUUGUUUCCUUCAUUUCUCCUCUUUGGUGACUAGCUUUCCUUCACUAUUUUUCACUGGCUUCAUCUGUGUUGACCUCUUCUCAUAACCUGGUUAUUUGAUAGUGUUAUCAGGUCUCUCCUACCAGCCGGCAACCUGUUCUGCUUCAUUUGCCAGUGUGUUGUAGAAGUGUCUUUUGUCUUUGCGCUCAUUCUUCUUUACUUCUUUGUCUAGUGUUGUAUACGUUGUACUCACUUCUGCUUUUCGUUGUGCAUCCUUGCACUGGUUCAUCUUCUGCUUCACCAUCUUGCUCUCUUCUAUCAGCUUCCAUGUGUUCGUCGAGAUCCCCUCCUUGUCUUGUUUCUUCUUCCUUCCUAAUGCGGUUAUGCAGGUUUCUUUCCACAUCUCUUUCGAAGAGUUCCGGUGUUCUUCCACGCCCGAUCUUUCAGGUAUGUUGCUCGAUGUCUCCUAUUUUGUUCUGAUGGACAAUAUCGUCUGGAUACUCUAAGUCAGUCAGAUGACCUCCACGGUGUACUUUGAUCCCUGUGAAGACGAACUUAGCUAGGGUUAUGUCCAUUAGUACGUCUGUGGCGGAGUUAAAUAAUAAAUGUGACAGACAUCCAUACCGGACACUACUUGAAUAACUGCUGUCCGUCAAACCACAGCUAUCUCAGAUAGUGUCACUAAUAAUGAUUAUGACGCUCCACCUCUCUAAUUCAGCUUCGUCUGGAGUGAGACGACAGAUCACUGUGAUGACGAUGAUCGAAUGGUGAUGUAUCGCAGAUUCAUUUGACAGCCGGGUAGAACUAGUCGCUGAUUAGCGUGAAGUUAAGAUUUUAUCGUCAACUGGGUCUCGUGGCUUAAUGAUUAAAGCACUGGGCUGUAACUCAGAGACCACUGGUUUGAAUCCUGUCGUGACAUAGGUCUUCAUUUUCAACCAUCACACCGCGUCAAUAAUGCUGGUCUGAAAUAUUGGGACUAUAAACAUUGUUCAACUACAGUUAUACUUUGUCAUACAUACUGAAAAGAAGGCUCCUGGCUCUGAAUAUAUUUCAGAUUAUUACAUAAUCAGACAGGAUCCAUUCUUAUUUGGGAACAUCUAGAUGCUUAUGAUGUUUUUGUUCAUUUUUCUCGAAGGUUGACAGUAUUGUGAUUAAAAGUCAUGUGGUUGUUUAUCUACUCAAACUUAUUGCCUUGAUGUCUAAAUUUUGUGGUGUAAAUUAUAUUCAAGUUAUCAGCAUUUUUAUACAAUCUUAGUCAUAAAGUUUUCAUCGGACGAGUCGGGCUGUUGCUCAAUGGUUCAGGAAGAUAACUAUUAACCAGUGGGUCAUGGGCUCGAACCCGCCCCCACCUACUGAAGUUUGAUGAGCCAGGUAGUAUCACUAGUCAUCACGUAAUAGGUGUAGUUAAUUGCUUACUGUACAGAUGUGAAAAAGUUGACUGAGUGCGUUUCGUUUCGUACAUCCAAUGAAUUAGCUGAUAACUGAUACUAGUUUUCCACACUUUUCUUCCUUGUCAUGUUAAGCUUAUGGAGAUAACGAUAUUCAGUUGAUAGCAUUAUAAAAUGAUAAAUAAAGCUAAUAAAUAGUAUUUUAUAGUUUUGUAAACAAUACAAAUGAAGUGUAAUAAAACAAAACGUACAAAGAAAAAAUUACGAAAACUAACGUCUUGGGAAAAGCAACUGAAUAGGUUGAUUCAAUUCGUAGAGGUUGAAGCAGAUAUUAACGAAGUCCCUGUUUCUGCUGAUGAUGAAACAACUGAUGUUACAAUUAUAAAAAUGGAUCCAUCAUAUGUUUCAAAACGGGGUGGUCUACGUAAGCCAUCCGUAUCAAGGUGUUUUGAAGCAGAAACUGUAAUCGAUUUUGAUCGUUUAUGGAUUUCUGGUGAAGAUCUAUUUCAAAUGAAUUACCGAUUUUCAUUUACACACUUUCGAUUGACCAAAACAUCAGUUUUCAGUCAUUUAUCAUGA